AUGGCCGAGGCCAGCGACGCCUCCUCCGUCGCCAUCGACACCGUUCUUUACGUUGCCCGCUCUCUCUGGUCCGUCCGAUGGGGCAGGCACUUUGCGCGUCUUGCGCGCCUCCUCGCCCUGCCGCUGACGCUCAUCACGGUGCCGCUGUCCUACAUCGUCGAGGUGCUGCGCGUCCUUUGCGCUCCCUUGCUAUACCUGCUUGCCUUUGCGGUUGCCUCUGCGCAGGGAGUCCUCUCGCUGCUGGUCAGCCUCAAGCCGCUGUAUAGCUUUCUCUCGGCCGCCGCUGGCGUCGGCAUUGUUGCUGGUGUCGUCCUUGGCGCUACAUCAUCCGUCGUCACUUCCUACCUCGGUAUGCAAGACACGGACGAGGACCGCUACCAGCGGGAGCGCGACUACAUAGACUCUUACGAAUCCGACGAGGGAACCGACUACCAGUACGACCUCGACACCUACCAGCUCCACGCGGCACCAGCCUACCAAACACACUUGCGCCGCAGCAGCGACCCCGACGCUACGCCCAAGCGGCGCGUCGCCCGCGGAUUGCUGUCGCAAACCAUUCACGAAGAAGACGACUCAUCCGACGCGUGA